AUGGUUCUCAGAUGGGUUGGUUCUCAGAUGGGCUGGUUCUCAGGUGGGCUGGUUCUCAGGUGGGCUGGUUCUCAGGUGGGCUGGUUCUCAGGUGGGCUGGUUCUCAGGUGGGCUGGUUCUCAGGUGGGCUGGUUCUCAGGUGGGCUGGUUCUCAGGUGGGCUGGUUCUCAGGUGGGCUGGUUCUCAGGUGGGUUGGUUCUCAGGUGGGCUGGUUCUCAGGUGGGCUGGUUCUCAGGUGGGCUGGUUCUCAGGUGGGCUGGUUCUCAGGUGGGCUGGUUCUCAGGUGGGCUGGUUCUCAGGUGGGCUGGUUCUCAGGUGGGCUGGUUCUCAGGUGGGCUGGUUCUCAGGUGGGCUGGUUCUCAGGUGGGUUGGUUCUCAGGUGGGCUGGUUCUCAGGUGGGCUGGUUCUCAGGUGGGCUGGUUCUCAGGUGGGCUGGUUCUCAGGUGGGUUGGUUCUCAGGUGGGCUGGUUCUCAGGUGGGCUGGUUCUCAGGUGGGCUGGUUCUCGGCCUAUUCGUUGUGUUUCCAGAGAGUGUGUGCAGGUCUAG